CCCGCCCGGCGCGGGUCGCGGAACUCAGGGCGUUGGGGUGGGAAAGACCUCCGCGAUCGGCAAGCGCAGGUCGUACAGAUCAGCGGCAGCCCAGAAAGAAGCCUGGGGGUUGUCUCAGUACGGUUUAGUCAGGCUGGUUGCUGAAGGUAGAAACUGAGGGAAAAAUCGAGGUAAGGCUUCUUCCCUCAAGGGGCUAAAUCUCCAAGAAGAGGAGGGAUCAUCGCUCUCUCCAAAUACCUGAAAGAAGGCUGUGGCCAGGCAGAGCUGGGCGUUAACGAGCACCACCAGAAUGAAGUGGUCAGCUACAUGCGCUUCGCUCGUUUCAAGCGUGGCAUGUGUCUCAAAACAGUGGAUUCUUGUUUUCAGGACCUCAAGGACAGCAGGCUUGUUGAAGAGACCUUCACAGUUGACGAGGUGAUAGACAUGCUGGAUGAACUGCAGAGUGUUGUACACAGUGAAGUGGAGUCAGAGCUCAUAAACACAACUUACACCAACGUUUUACUUCUGCGGCAGCUCUUUUCACAGGCUGAGAAGUGGUACCUGAAGUUACAGACAGACGUCUCUGACUUGGAGAAUCGAGAAUUAUUGGACCAGGUUGCUGAGUUUGAAAAAUCAGAAUAUACAUCUUCAAGCGAAAAGUCCACUGCAGAUCCCAUUAAACCAAAACUUGCUCCAUUAAAUGAAGGUGGGUCAGAGCUGCUAAACAAGACAGUUGCUCAUCUCCAAGAAGAAAAUGAAAAAUUAAAGACCAGACUCAGGACCAUAGAAACACAGGCAACAGCUGCUCUAGAUGAGAAGGCCAAGCUGGAGAAGUCAUUGAGGGAUUUACAGAUGAUCCAAGGAGAUCAGAAGAAUAAUGCUAACCAGGAUAUUACUGAACUGGAGAAUAAAGUGGCAGCUUUGAAAUCCCAGUUUGAGAAGACUUUGAAUGACACUACUGCAAACCAAAAAUUCUUGGAAGAAGACUUGAUGACAACCAAACAUGACUUACUGAAGGUUCAGGAUCAGCUGUCUACAGCUGAAAAGGAACUGGAGAAGAAAUUUCAGCAAACAGCUGCCUAUCGCAACAUGAAAGAGAUUCUCACCAGGAAGAAUGAGCAGAUAAAGGACCUGCGUCGAAGACUUUCCAAAUAUGAAUCAGAGGACUGAAAUACCAAAGAAGCAUCUGCUCUAUCAGAAGUUUUCACGGAAAGAAAAUGUAGACUGGUAUUAUUUUUCAAUAAUUUUUGUUUUGAAUGCUGUAUUCUUUGCUUCUAGUAUUUAAAAUAACUCUUUAUUAAUCCUAAUUUCCCACUGAAACUCUUACCUUACUUCCUUGUAAACCUACAAUGUAUAGGUAUUAGUUUCUGCAGUCAUAUUUUUACUGGUGAACCAUUGACAUUCCUUGAGAAAUAGCAAACAGGACCUUGUUGAAGAACUGAGAACAUUCUCUGCAAAAAAAGGAGUUUAUUUUUGUUAAAAAAGGGGGGGAAAAGACCAAAAAUAUAUACAUUAGAGUGUUUGGUGUCUUCAAGGUGGAAAUUCCAGUUGUUACUUUUGUGUAGUUAAUGUAGUUAUGAAGUAGCAUUAUAUGUAAAAAUUGCACCAGUGAAAGAGCAGGAGGAACAACAACAAAAGAUACUGAUUCUGUAAUGUUACCUCACACUGGACAUGUCAUAGCUCAGCAAAGUGUGGUCAGCAUUUUUCUAGAGGCUGUUCAUUAAAUAAUGUGAUAAAUAUACUUUAUAGCCAAAAUGCUGGACCCUUUCAAAUGAAGUUGUGCUUUUUCACUUGAAUUGAUUUAAAGUAAAUUUGAACAUCAGAAGACAAAUUCUGAUUUUGCCAGUAUUCUUAAUAUUGAGAUGAUAAUCUAAAUAUGCAUAGGAAAGUUAGUGGAGCAGCUUUUUUGGAAAAUAAGUUAUUUUAGAUAUUUUCAUCUCCUUUCUUAAUGUAACCUCACAAAAAACCAGCUUCCUUCUCUCAAGACUUCUACUUGCAAUUCUCUGCCUUGCAUUUGUUUGUCAGUCACCUAAUAGUGCAUUCUGUUUGUUCAUCUGUCCCUGUUCAUGUGUAUCUUGUAUUUUACUUCAAAUAAAAUACUAUGUUUUCAAACA